UUUGUCUUCAUCUUUCCUCCCUCUUCUUUCAGACCAUCUAGAUACGAUACUAAUCCCACGUCGUGAUCCUGUAUAACCAGGCCAGAAAAGAGAGACGAAAGCGGCCCGCUGAAUUUGAUUCCCUUUGAUUCAAUACAUCCUCUACGUACCACGAUGGCACUCAAGUCGACCCUCAAAUCACUUAUUUGUCUUCCCCUCCUUGCCCUUGCUCCCCUUGUCCGGGCUGAAGGCUUCACCUAUCCCGUUGGCGACACUAUCUUCAUCGAAGGUGACCUGGUUAAUGUGACAUGGGAUAUCGUGUCACCCAGAAUAUCCCUCUACGAGUCAUGUGCCGAGGCGAUUCCAUUGGAAGUAAACAUCACGAAUCCAUACAGCUACAUCUGGAAUGCCACUCGCAAGAACUACCACGAGUCCGGCUGCGUCUUUGAAAUCGAACAGCUCGGCGUCAACGGCCUCGAGAACCCCCCCAACGUCACUAGCGACUUGUUCGGUGUGAGCAAGCGUUAUCCCGAUGAUCCUGCCCCGACGUCGUAUAAUUUUUGGACUCCCACGCCGUCGCCGUCUGUACCACCGAGCAGUUCCACGCCUGUGAGCUCUUCGGCGGUGCCGAGUCGGACUCCCGUUGCCUUUAGAGGCUGAUUGAUUAACCACUCUUUUCUUACUUCUUCUCUUGGGUGUAAUGGUGCUCGUUAUCGGGAGUCUUCAUGGAUUUGUAUCGGAUUGGACCUAGUGAUAUCUGCAUGGAUGAAGCCUACCAUGGCUGGGAUUUAAUGUCUAGCGGUUGUUGUUUGAGAAACUUUCAAUAUGCAUGCAUGACUCAUGACGUGAUAGAGAAAAGCAUUCCUAAUGAAAAUGAUACUGUUUUUUGCUGUCUUCUUAGCUAUGUUUGUUUACCCAGGAAUGCAUCAGUUGGAUAAUCCCCCAAGACCACAUAGUUAUAGUGUUCCAGAUACC